GACUAUAGCUAGCGGAACAGGGCACUACAGCGUGGAGAACCAUUGACCUCUGAGGCCUGCUGAUUCGCGUCACAAACUUCUGGGCGAAUCGAGAAAGAACUCGACUUGAGAAGAUUACGAGAGUGGGCAACAUAUCUGUGACAUUCGCCCCGAAACAUAAUCCCUUUAUAAUUUAUUUAAUUUCCCUCUUGUUUCGAAACACUCGAUCGCUGGCUUUAGCUCGACGUAAGACAGUGCUUUUUUAAAGGUAAAAGAAUCAUAGUUGUUGGUGUUAUCUCUAUUGAAACGGAUGUCGCAAAACACUGGAGCGCAUCGCCGAGGGCUCUGUGAACAGGGAAGACAGAGGCGAGCAGAAAGCAUCGAUGACGUCAAACACACACAAAUCCGAAUCUACGUAAAUCUUUAUUCUGGGAAAUAUCGCAAACGAAGAGCUUGAGUCAGCCCUGAAAAGAAAGAACUUUCGCAAGAAGGACAGAAAUGUAUAUUGCGCCAAGACAUUAGGUGGAUGUAAAUGACAAUAUAACCACCUUUUCGCCUUAAGGCCCUUUGAAUUGAAAAAUUCUUUCCAAUAUUAUUCUUGACAAGAGUUUCUAACCGCACUUCAGAUGUUGCUCACUAAGCUGAAAGCUUCAACGAUUCAAGCGCGCUGAAGCAAGUCCGGACGCGUUCGCAUCGAACAUUUAGUACUAGCAAGGACACAAGUUUCUUUGCAAACAGAAAACGAAUUUGUCUUUCAUGAUUCGCUCAAAAACACCUGAACCAAUCACGCAGCUGACGGGCCUUCCAUUGUGGUUUUAUUCUUUGUUCAGCUAAUAAAUGAAAAGUGAAAUUUUAAUUACUUCCCUCGACGUUGUCACUCGUUAUAUUGGAACAGUGUUCGUGGAAAUUUGCCUGGAGUUAGCUAGGCAGCCUAUGACAUAUUGCAUCAAUUAGCUAAACCGACUGGCUCGCCACUAAAACCGCCGAUAUACACUUCUACUUGCAUCCUAGCCAAUGAAGCUCUCACGUGGUUUCGUUUUCCACUAUGGGGGCAGCUGCGCUAGCAGCCUUUAGCUUGAGCUUUUGUCACGAAAACGGGUAUAUGGCCGCCACUGAAAAGAAAGACGAAGGAAAUAAUUUGUGAAAUUAAUCAUGGCAUUGAGUCGUGGGCUUGGCUGCGAACAAUGGUAUUAUCAUUGAAAUGUGAGGGUUAGUUUCUUUUAUAUGCAGAACCCUCUUUCAGGGUGGCUAAGCCAAACAUGCAAAUGACGUGUCAGACCAGCCAUAGAGUUGAUAAACUGGCCUCCAAAACGGACCGACCACACGCCCAAAGAUAAUUUUCAAAACAACGCAACUGCUUCGCCAUACAGGCAGACAAAGUGGUCAAAAAUUUACAUCUAAAAAGGUCGCUCGUUAGUAUUGUAAACACGACUAUAAUUGUUAUACAUCACUCAGUCCGGUCUUGAGAAAUAAGCCCAAACGCGGCACGUUUCAUUAAUAUUUAACGCAAUUCACGUGACGUCAUCCAUUUGAUAAAUGCGUAAUGAUGCUGACCAUUGAGAAGACUAAUGGCCGACCUUAGGGAGUCGGACAUUAGCAAUACGAGCACCAACUUAUUGAGACUUUUGGCGAUAUUGGUCCGCACAGCUGCCAAAUGGCCUCGUCAAACACGCCUUCCCAUUCGUCUCUCGACCAUAAAGUCUCAAGUACUUUGUUUUGAGCUUGUUUCCCGGCGAAUUAGGAAACUACUCGCACUAAAAAAGUGUUUGAGAAGUAUCUUCACACAAAUACGAAGAGACUUUCGACAGUUCUUGCCAAUUAGAAAGAAAGAGAAAUAAAGUAAAGGCAGUUAUCAUGACAAGUUCUAGAUGCCCGUUUUGAAUAUGAAUAGCAGGUCUUAAUCAACAGAACGGCACCGCUAACCUAUUCAUUAUUUCUGUAAACUUCUGGACUGAAAAUAAAACACGGAAAAUAAAACAACUGAAAGACUGUGAACUGAUAUGCGAAGCUCUGUUAGGAUAUCACGACAAUACUCCACCAAUCACUGAACUUCAGGGCCGGCAUAAAACAAGUGAAGAUCUGAUUAUUCUUUCCUUCGCUUGGCCGAUAUUUUGUUCUUUAUUUAUUCGUGAGAUGACAGAAAGAAACAAAAAGCUGGCUUGAUUGUACUCUUUGCCUUUUCCAAACACUCGUCAAAAACCAUGGAAACCGCAAUUACUCGUGAAAGAAUGAUCAAAAUGAAGAUGUUGCCUGCGGUGUUGAAUCAACUACUGCUUUCAAACACUUCGACACAACAUCUAUCUUUUGUGAUGAGCUUUCAUAUAGCUAGAAUCAUUCAUAAGCACGCCUCUCUGAAAGCAAGACUAAUCCAAAGUUUGCCCGUGGUGUCGUUCGCGCGUUCUAAUUCGCUACCACGUUUUCCGCGCGGGAUUUCCGAUAACGAUCAAAGCUUUAGCGAAGCAGUUAAUCUCAAGAUGCUAAAACGGAAAACAUAAAAGACACACCCAAUGUAACAACUUCCUUGCCAACAGAUCGAGCGAUGGAGCUAGCCAAGGAAAGUCAACACAACUAUAUACACUAGUAACGUUAGCUUCCAAUUGUUUAAAAAAAUUCAAAAAGCUGUCUUAACAACGUCAGAAUUUGCUUUGAAACUGAGAUGGUACAAAGGCACGUGACCGCAGACAGUAUCAGCUUAUCUGUAUUUUAGGAACUGAUUUGCACUGAAUAUGGAGUUCAUGUCCGAUCUCAUUAAAUAUAUACCCAUUAAGGUGCUUGUCUGUCGUUGCGAAAUAUACAUAUGUGCACAAAAUAGUUGCUGGUUUGUUAACACGACCACUAGGACAAUCACGGCUUGUUCUGAUUGGCGGAGAAACAUUUCCCUUCUUUAGAGGAACAUUUCAGGAAAGCCAUCGGAUUCCAAGAGAGGCAGUUAAGGUUUUUUAUAGGGCUCAAUUUCGAACUAAACCAACAUUACUCGUCAAUACAAUACUGAUAUAUUUGACUUGCUCUGGACACCUUACUUGGGAAAUUGAUCCAACAUUGAAUGAUAUAUUUGAUGGAAAUUUCUUCAAAAAUACCCGUAUAAAAAUAUGUUGACUGAGUCAUUUCACGUCCUUUAUCAUAGAAGUCAACGCAAGCUGAGAGCUGAGCGAUGUUGUUUGAAAAGAAACGAUUUGCAAAUCGUGAAUCGUCCAAGUGCUUACUAAGCCAGUUAUCUUUUCACAGUGUACACGUAUUCAGUUUUCUACCAUUACUGGAUAUGACGACUGGCUUUACGACAAAGCAUAACACCUUCAACUCUUCUACUGCGGUUUCGCGGCAAUCCAUGGCAUUUCCUCGAAACAUAGAGUUCAGGAUGAAGACAAUUCAAACGAAGCCUAACAAGCUUUCGGUGUCCCCGCUUAAAUGACAAACUCUACGUAUUACUAUUAUCUCGUACUUGUAUUGCAGUGAAAAAUACUCCUUUUUGAGUCCGCUUCUCUCUCAUUUUGCUCAUAAUUUCAGUUUUUUUCCGAAACUAAGAUCUGAACGCAACAUACCAAGGUUUGAUAGUGAAGAUCUCAAAAGAGGAAAAAAAUACAAGUGCGUCUGCGACGUGUUGCACACGUUUUUAAGGCCAUAAAAAAACUUCGGUACAUAUGCUACUCAGAAUUUGCGGAGUGAAUGGAAAACCUGUCUUGUGUAAUUUCACGAUCUAUUGGAUAUGGUUCUAAUUUAAUAACUGAUGCUGGUGAAAGGAUUAGUUGCAUUCCCCUGUUGGCAUGUUAUUCCGGGUGUUAUAUAUAUAGUUCUAAUCCACUCAACAAUAUCUUCACCCCACCGACCCUCUCCCCGCCGCCCCCAGUCCCCGUCCCUCGCGGUGAACCCUGUAAAGUCGCCGGAAUGGGUGAUUGUCAUCCCCCACACUACUGCUAGUCUGUUUCUAAAGACAACAUAUCUUCAAGCAACGCGAGUGAAACUCAAACUCGAGGAUUUUUCACUUUCGAUUGUCAAUCGGAUUAGACUUGAGUAGCGGUACUCUUGAUCUGUCGACCUUUCGCGCCGAAAAAUGCACACCACGACGGAAAAGCGCACAUGUAUUCUGGUUUUGUUGACACUUAACAAAAAAGAACAAAGCAACACAGCCUGAAGACGAAUGGCUCUGCUAGCUGAUAUUUCUUUAUAUCUUGAUAAUUCUAUUCCGAGAGGUUUUAGGGUUUGAAAUACCGUAGCAAACAUAUUUGCGAUUUAUAUCUCUUGAUAUAAUAUAUUAAUCUCGCCUUUAGCAGCGUGUUUUGCAUUCUGUUGCUUUUCCCAGAUGCUAAAACAACGAUAAUGAUAUCGUGUUUGACAGUUUUCCUGUUUGGUAGUGUGAAAUCUUGUUGUUCCUCUGACAUUUUUCACAUUUCAACACCAAUACGCGGAAAACACUAAGGAUAUUUUUGUUCAUGAUAAGAUGCUUGUGUUUCAAGUCUUAAUUCUUUCAGUGGAAUUAUCUGGAUAAGGCAAACAGCACGUAUUCGGUUGAAAAUUCAAUUGUCUUACUGCCUAAAUAACAAUGUCAACAAUAUGCCUCACAUACCAAGGACUCAUCUACGUAAAAAACAGCUUUAUAAAUCAAAAACAAUAACAGAGACAACAAAGCGCCGAGUCUGAAAGAGUAUUUGUUUUUGACGGAAUGAAAUAAACAGCUAUCAUCGUGACAGCGGUUAUUGGACAGCAAUAUUCUUUUCAUGAAAUCACUGUACGUGCGUGACGCUACGUAACAGGAUGCCCCCGCUUCCAGCAUCACUACUUCCGGUAUGUACACUAUUCCGUGGUUCUUAUUGUACAGCGGAAUAACCGUGACGUGACGUCAUUCCAACAUGGUGGACGAACGUGGUCUGAGUGUAAACAAGGCCAAUCACCACGAAUUGGAGAGAAUAUCACUAAUUUCUAACGCUGAAAAACUUCGAAUUCAUCUUUUAAACCGUACAGAGCCGAUAGUUUUUGAUGGCGCAGCUAGACAAUGGACGUGUUCGCUAUGGACACCGGAAUUUCUUGCUUCCGAAGUCGGCGAUCUUCGAACCAGGUUUCGAUUUUGUUCGAGAGCGAACUCGUCCGCGAAUGAACCUAGUCCUUACAAGAAAGCGAUCAUGGAGACAGAUUGCGAAUUCGAGGAAGCAAGUUUUGGCGAGUUUUUUCAAUGGUUGAAUGGCAACAUUGAUAGGUCGGGAAGUUUGUCGCGUUUCCAAAGACAGGACUUUUGGUGCUAUGCCGAUUACAAACACAUGGCCGAAUUAUUCAAAGAUUUCCCACACUUACGCCAUGCUGUUAACUGGAGCUGUUUUGGUUUUCCUGAAAGAAGUGGCGAUGAAUCAACAAUAUGGAUUGGAAGUGCUGAAGCAUCAACACCCUGUCAUAUUGAUACGUACGGCUGUAAUUUAGUAGCACAGAUUUAUGGCACAAAGAAAUGGACUCUCUUUCCACAGAGUGAAACACCCAACUUGUAUCCAACCAGAAUUCCUUAUGAGGAAUCCAGUGUGUUUAGUCAAGUUAAUGUAACUAAUCCAGAUUUGAGAAGAUUUCCGGCCUUUGCAACUGUGGUUCAAUAUGAGGUAAUUCUUCAGCCUGGUGAUGUUUUAUUUGUCCCCAAGAAAUGGUGGCACUAUGUUGAGUCAUUAGAAACAUCGAUUAGUAUUAACACGUGGAUUGAACUGGAAAGUGAUCAUAUUGAAAGAGUCAAAGAAGCAAUGAUCAGAACACUGAAAUCAAAUGGAAUCAAGUGUUCACUGUUAUUAGAAGUGGUCAACAAAAAUGUGGUGUGUGCCUUGAAGAAAGAGGAUGGGGCUGCUGAAGUAACAUGGGUGAACCCAUCAGAAGAAAUUGGAACACAUAGUCAGAACAUGGGCUACUUACAUCAGGCAUUAACUGCUGUAAAACAUAAGGCAAACCUGGAUGGAAGACAACAGAGAGAGACUGAUAAAAAUAUAAACAUCCCACUGUCUACUGAUGAUCUUAUAAACUGCAUAACAACUCCAGAGGUCAUCAAUGAAAUGACUGUUCAAGUCCUCCAUAAAAUUGGGAUUUCCCAAACAAGUGACUUGCCACUGGAAUCUUGGCCAACACAGGAUAAAAAGACAGUACCACCAAGUAAAGAUAACUCUGAGAGGCCAUGUCAUGGCUGUGGCACUUGCCAGGUUGAUCAAUCGGUGGAGACCCAGUCAUCUGAUGAAUGGAAAAUUCAUUUAAGGAAUCCCCCAUGUAAAAGAAUCUGUAUAGAAAGGGGAAGCAAUAAGGAAUAAUAAUAUUGAAGUGAUGAACUUGAGUAUUGUUAGUUUAAUAAUGAAUCAGGUAUUAUUAAUAUUUAAGUUAUUGUUUGUUCACUGGGUAGGAUUCUCCUAAUAAAAUGCUUAAAAUUAA